AUGAACGAUAGGAUUAGAAACAUUGCCCGUGAUGGACAUAAUUACAGAAGAUCGAGACUUGCUCGAGGAUUGGUCAGAAAAAAUAAUGGUGCAUUCCUCCGACCUGCAACCAAUAUGCUAAAGAUGAGGUAUGACUGCAAUUUGGAAACGUCUGCGAAAGAAGUCGCGGAUAAAUGUACUACAAGUGGAUCUACGCUUCCUCCUCAAGUGAAGGAAAACAUUCAUCGUAUUCAUAAGAGCAGUGCACGCUUCCGUACUGAUGCCAUGAAAGAGGCAAUCAAAUUCUGGUGGGGCCAGGUGAGGCGCGUUCAUGGCAUCGGAAUGAAGGCCAUCUUCAGAUCAUGGCACGAAUACAGCACCAUUAGAUACUUUACCCUGGUGAGAAGCUUUAAUAGUAACGUCUUAAACGAGAGAAUUGACGCAACCCUG